AUGAAAAUUACACAACUUCUGCAUAUGCUAGCCGUAAUAGCGUCCAUUACGUCUUUGGAGUACGUGAUACGCUAUGAGGCGAAGAAGAAGCGCUGCUUGAACCCGCCACGCACGGCCAGGCGAGUGGAGUCGGUCAUCAGGGACUGCCAAGAGGAGGUCAAGAAUAAGCUGGUGACAGAGGCCUAUGAAAUACUGAAGGAGCAGGUGUCUCAGGUGCAGCCACCGCUGCAUACGGACGAUGACAGCGUGGAGUUCAUUGAGUCGAUAGACUGGCCACCCGUCCACAGCGAAAUACAUUUACAGCACAGCUCCGAAGAGGCGCCACCCAAUGCCAGCCGCUACGAGUACAUUGUCUACGAUGAGCCCGAGCCCCGACGUCGCAUGGCUCGGCUCGUGCGCAGUAUCAAGCGUCUGGACGUGGCCAGUGCGGGCAUCUAUCAUCCCACGCUGGUGCCACUCGAAGAUAAGCGCAUAGCGGGCUGUCUGCUACACUGCGUCUAUGCGAGGAACAACGCCAUUGACAAGAACGGCUGGCCGACGCUGGACGGACUGGUUGGCUUUUACUCGGAAGGCGUACAUGAGCACGGCUUUUUUAUGGCCACAUUGCGAUCCGUUAAUCUCUGUCUGCGGGCCAUGACCAAUAAAUAUCACGUGAGUCGUCGCGAUCUCCCGCAGAAAGGCGAAAGCUGCGAUUUGGCCUUCGAUGUGUUUGACUGCAUAUCAGAUCAGAUAACAGGAUAUUGCCUGGAUCAAUAUAGUAAAUAUUAA